AGUGGGGACAGUGGGGACAGUGGGGACAAUGGGGACAGUGGGGACAUGGGGACAAUGGGGACAAUGGGGACAGUGGGGACAGUGGGGGAUUGGGGACAGUGGGGACAGUGGGGACAGUGGGGACAAUGGGGACAGUGGGGACAGUGGGGACAAUGGGGACAGUGGGGACAUUGAGGGAUUGGGGACAUUGGGGACAAUGGGGACAAUGGGGACAGUGGGGACAGUGGGGGAUUGGGGACAUUGGGGACAGUGGGGACAAUGGGGGAUUGGGGACAUUGGGGACAAUGGGGACAAUGGGGACAAUGGGGACAGUGGGGACAGUGGGGGAUUGGGGACAUUGGGGACAAUGGGGACAAUGGGGACAAUGGGGACAAUGGGGACAGUGGGGACAAUGGGGACAGUGGGGACAGUGGGGACAAUGGGGACAAUGGGGACAGUGGGGGAUUGGGGACAGUGGGGACAGUGGGGACAGUGGGGACAAUGGGGACAGUGGGGACAGUGGGGACAGUGGGGGAUUGGGGACAGUGGGGACAGUGGGGACAUCGGGGACAGUGGGGACAUCGGGGACAGUGGGGACAGUGGGGACAGUGGGGACAAUGGGGACAAUGGGGGAUUGGGGACAAUGGGGACAAUGGGGACAGUGGGGGAUUGGGGACAGUGGGGACAAUGGGGACAGUGGGGACAAUGGGGACAGUGGGGACAGUGGGGACAGUGGGGGAUUGGGGACAGUGGGGACAGUGGGGACAGUGGGGACAAUGGGGACAAUGGGGGAUUGGGGACAAUGGGGACAAUGGGGACAGUGGGGGAUUGGGGACAGUGGGGACAAUGGGGACAGUGGGGACAGUGGGGACAAUGGGGACAGUGGGGGAUUGGGGACAGUGGGGACAAUGGGGACAGUGGGGACAGUGGGGACAGUGGGGACAAUGGGGACAAUGGGGACAUUGAGGGAUUGGGGACAUUGGGGACAGUGGGGACAGUGGGGACAAUGGGGACAGUGGGGACAGUGGGGACAAUGGGGUGUUGGGGACAUUGGGGACAUUGGGGACAAUGGGGACAUUGGGGAGGUUGGAGACAUUGAGGACAAUCAGAGCAUUGGGAGGUCAGGAGGACGUUGGGGACACUGGGGACAUUGGGGACGUUGGGGGUGUUUGGGACAUUUGGGGUGUAGGGGAUGUCGGGGACGUUGGGGACAUUGGGGAGGUUGGAGACAUUGGGGACAAUCAGAGCAUUGGGAGGUCAGGAGGACACUGGGGACACUGGGGACGUUGGGGACAUCGGGGACCUUGGACACGUCGGGGACAUCGGGGAUGUUGAAGGUGACGAAGACGACGGCCUCGGCCAAGUCAUGGAGUCCUUGGGUCCCUUGUCCUGUCCCUUGUCCCGUUCCCCCUCCCCAAUGUCCCCGUGAUGUCCCCAAGAUCCCCACGAUGUCCCCAAUGUCCCCGUGAUGUCCCCAAGAUCCCCACGAUGUCCCCAAUGUCCCCGUGAUGUCCCCAGAGUCCCCACGAUGUCCCCAGGGUCCCUCACCGGGGAUGGAGGUGCCGAGCGCCAUGAAGACGACGGCGUUGACCGAGUCCUUGGGUUCCUGUCCCUUGUCCCAUCCCCGCAUCCCCACGAUGUCCCCGUGAUGUCCUCACAAUGUUCCCACGAUGUCCCCAAGGUCCCCACGAUGUCCCCAAGGUCCCCACGAUGUCCCCAAUGUCCCCAAUGUC